AUGGCUCAAGGCGAAGUGAAGAAGAAAGCGAAAGCCGACCCUGGCGGAAAAGGCGGCAAGGCCGGCGGCAAGCAGCAGCAGAAAAAGAGCGGCGUGACGAAACCGAAAAAGGCCAAAACCACGGCCGACAAGAUCCAGAAGAAGUACACCGCGGGACUGGUUGCAAAGACCGAACAGAUGCUUGGUGAGCGAGCCGGGCAUCUCGAACUGAUUGGCAAGGGGAGGAAGAAGGGCGCGGAGAAGCAGUUCAAGGGCGGAAGUCGCAAGUUUGGUUAG